AUGUCAGCUCCUCUAGAAUCACAACGCGGCAGGGAGAAGUUGGCUCAUGAUGGUCACAUAUACGUCUUCGCACAGUUCAGCAAAGAUAAAACGAAAGAAUUCUGGCGUUGUCAAUUCAAGAACAGCAGGACGGGCAAAUGCCUUGCUCGUUUACACAAGUGUCUCAUCUCUGACGAGAUAUCGGUUCUUGGAAUCCACACAGAUAUGCCGAACGCUGCUGCCAUCGAAGUGCUCCAGCAGAAGGUCGCUCUCAAGCGACGUGCUGUUGACACAGCCGAAGCUCCCCAGCAAAUCAUCAGCAGAAUCAGGGCCACCUCUUCGGUUGCUGCUCAGGGAGCAAUGGAGAGCAAUAAGGGCCUGGCGCGAAUCGUUCAGAGAACUCGCAACCGGUACGCAAUCCCGUCGACACAUUACUCAACCCGCUCGGAAAUAGUCAUUCCGGAAGAGUAUCAAGUGUAUGAAAGCACUCCCGGGAACUUCGAACGAUUUCUCCUCGGAGAUAGCGGAUCAGACGAUCCAAACCGGAUCCUGAUAUUCGGGAGAGAGAGCACGAAUGCUUGGAUCGGAGAGGUAUCGAAAAUCUACGUUGAUGGUACCUUUAGUUUGGCACCAGAACUUUUCUGCCAGAUCCUCGUCAUCCUCGGAGAGCGCCCUGGGGUCGUGACUCCUAUGCUCGACAUGUUGACCUUGGGUUGGCCGAACUUCAAUCCGGGAGCCAUAUCGAUGGACUACGAAAAAGCUCUGAUAAACGCUUUUAGUGCGUAUUUCCCGACAGCCGAGAUACACGGUGUUUUUUCCAUCUCGUACAGAAUAUGA